GAGACACCUUGUUGUAUAUAUUCAAUCAAUCAAAUAUGCAUUUCAAAAUCAAUGAAGAUUUUGCUAAAAACUACAAUAGAUAUCGUCAGAAAGAAGAAUAUGAAAGGCUUAAGGCUAAACACGGUGAUGCCAAGCUUAAAAAUACUAAAUUAUCUAAGAAACCGGAAGAUGACAGAGAAGCGACUAAGACGGAGCCGCUGGCUUCAGUCACAGAUGACGAAGAGGAUGAGUCUACAUCAUCGAGUUCUUCAGAUUCGGAUAAUGAAAGUUGGGAAGAGAAAGAACAAGAAGACUUUUUAACUUUAUAUCAAGCAUUAUGCACCAAUGAUCCAUCCCUCGAUGAUCCAAAUAAACAAUGGUUUCGUGAUCCUGAUGCAUCGGGUGAUAGUGAUGGUGAUAAUGAUGCUGAUGCUGAUGAUGAAUCUGGUGUAGAUGAAGCAUCUGAGACAGAAGUUCAUGAAAGCACUGAUGCACAGGAUAAGAAGGCAAAGAAACGUGCUUUAAAACUUCGUGAUUAUGAGCGUGAAUUUCUCUUGAAUAAUAAUGGUUUGGAAGAUGAAAUCACUUCUCGUGAAGCUGAAAAGAUCGUCAAGAUGGAAAGUGAUGAUAUCUUGAGACAGCUUAAACAGCGUUCUAAAGAUUUAUCCAAAGAGGAAUUUUUAAAAGAGGCGAAUGCAGCACUUAAACAAGCUGCUACAACUUCAGGAGAAAAGGAAACUGAAAUUGAUGGAAACGAAGAAAAUAAUAAUUCUGACUUAAGUUUUCUACGGAAAAGAAAAAGUGACAUGAAAGCAUCCAAUGAAGAGGAAAAGAAAAAACGUCGUUAUGAUUUAGACAAAAUUGUCUUCACUGAUCAGUCAAACAAAGAGGCUGAAGAAUUUCUACGUGAUUACAUUUUAAAUAAACGUUGGCGUGAACCAAACAGCCGAGGAAAGAAUUCCCUGCCAACAUAUUCUGAUAUUCUGCGUGAAUCUGGUAUAAACCCUGAGGAUGAUGGUGAUAAACCGAAAAAUUUGCUCAAUGACGAUGAUAUCCUGGAUGAAGACGAUGAAUUUUUAAUAAAAGUCAAUAAUUUAGAACAACAGCGUUUACAGUCCUUGGGUGUAAAUACGAGUGUUACUCAAAUCCACAAAACUCAGCAUCGAUUUGAAGAGGAAGAUAAAGAAUUCAUAAAAACAUAUCCUCGACAUAUUGAAAGCAGUAUUGGUCAAACGCUGAGCAGUGUGAAAUCGAAAAGAGCUGAACGACGCAAAGCUAAAGCUGAACGCAAGCGAAAAGAGAAAGAGGCUAAAUUUCAAGAGUUAACUCGUCUACGUAAUUUAAAAUUGAGCAUGUUAGCUGAAAAAAUUGAACGUAUUAAACGUACCUGUGGGCCAAACUCUUUACCCUUUAAUACGGAUGAAUUAAUCUCUUUGCAAACAGCUGAUAAUGUUGACGCUAAUGAUAAGUUGAAUUCUUCUACUCAUCAAACCAAAAAAUCCGACAAGAUAGACGCUUUAGAUGUUGCUGAAUAUUUAGACGAAGAUUGGGAUCCUGAAAAGCAUGAGAAAUUGUUAAAUUCAAUGUUUGGAAAGGAAUAUGAAGAAAUUGACGAAGAUAUGAAAAAACCAGAAUUUUCAGAUGACAGUGAUCUUGAACUUGAUGAUAUAAUACCUGAUGUAAAGAAGAAGAAUGAAUCGUGUCGAAAAGAUCCAUCUGAUUCGCAUGAUAUCGAUAUGCGAGAAGAAGGAGAAGGCGAAGGCGAAGAAUUAUCACAGAAGAAACAGUCUAACGGUUAUAAUUUAUCCAAAACAUUAUCCGCUAUAACAGAAACUAGCGCCAGCCACAUCAAUAAUAAUAAAUCAAGACGUGGCAAACGGAGACUACAUGAAGCCCUGGAGAGAAAUAAACCAGUCUUCGAUCCAGAUAAUUAUCCAGACUAUGAGAAAUACUUUGAAGAGUUUUAUCAGUUGCAUUGUGAGGAUAUUAUACCUGGUCCGAAUGGUGAUGAAGAUAUCUACUGUCGUUUCAAAUAUCGUGAUGUAGUACCAAAUGACUAUGGUUUAAGCGCGGAAGAAAUUUUGAAAGCUUCCACUAAAGAAUUGAAUGCAUGGGUAUCAUUGAAACGCGCCACAGCCUAUUUGUCAAAUGAAGAAGAAAUGAAGGACAAAGACUAUUAUAAUUCUCAAUAUCAAAUGCAUCGUAAAAGUCGUAUUCUCACCUCUCUAAAUAAUCCUGAAGUUACAUGGUGGCCUAAUGAAAAAGCUGGUGGCGAUGCUGAUCAAAGUGAGCCGCCGAAGAAAAAAAAUAAACGUCGCAGGAAAAAGAAGAAAACCACUUCCGAAAUUCAAGUGACUGAGACGCCGGGCGUCAACAACGUUGACGACAACAACAAGAACAACCUUAGCAACCCAGCUGAACAAACUCCAACUGAAGAUACUGGUGAUGUAAAGAAACCGAAAGAGAAAAUGAACAAAACGCGCAAUAAUAAAUCCCAAAAGCAAGAUUCAAAAGCACUAUUCAAAUCACGUCUCCUAGCGGCUGGUAUAACUAUGAAGGAAUACUAUCGGUCUAUGCACAAAGAAAAACAAAAAUCUGAAAGUGUUGAGAAAUAAAAGAUACUUUUUUAUUCGGA